AUGAUAGCACCAAGAAAAUAUCCAAAAGAUGAUAUUUUCGCUACGAGACCUUCGCGAGAAAGUAUCAAGGCACGAUCUCGAUCACAUACAAUCUCUUACGACUUGCGACCGACUUUACACCUUUCACAUCUCACGCCGGAUGAAAAGACUUUUCUUCCGGUUAAAAACGUUAGCGUCAAAGUGAAUGUCUUUUGGGGAGAGGAUCAAAAUGAUGAACGAUUUGGUUUGUCUAUUCCACGAACCGGCUCUUUCGGAUCACUUCAGAAGGUAUCGCAAGGAUUAUAUUAUGAUGAGGAUUUUGCUCGAUUACUGGUUAAAAAACAGAAUGUUGUGGUUGGUGGAUAA